UAUUACAAAUAGAAUUGUUAAAGUUAUGACUAAAGUCAUAUAAGUUUUAAACAAAACAAUUGAACAAAGCAAGAUAUAUUAAACACAAGCAAACGGAUAUAAAUCUGCGUAAAAGAAUGUCUCUUCCUUCGAAUAUCUACAACCCAGAGGACUUUUUCAAUAAAUGCGUAGAAUUUUUCAACGACUAUCAAUUUCUAUAUAAUUUUCCAAAUACGGAUAUAUUAGUGAAAAAUGUAUUGGAGCAAAUACACGUCGAGAAUCUACAAGACAUAGACGUUUUCCAAGAGGACUUUGAUAUAAAGAACAUAAAAGAUACGUUCAUUAAAGAUUUUUUUGAUGAAAUACAAAAUAUUCAACCAAAUUACAAUGAAGUAGAAGAAGACCAAUGCUUAGAAGGUGUAAUGAGCGUGCCUGUGAGUGCCAAGAAGAAACAUGAAAUUGUAUAUUUAGCGCGAGAAAUCAAGUAUAGCUGUAAACAAAUAGACUGUAAUGUAGUAGUGGAUUUUGGAUCUGGUUUGGGAUAUCUGGAUCAACUCCUGUAUGAAAUAACCAACUUUAAGGUCCUUGGAUUGGAAUGCAAUGAAGGUCAUUAUGCCGGAGCAAAGAAACGCCAAAGAAAAUACCAUGAAAAUUCAAUACACAAUGUGAAAUAUAUAAAACACAGGGUAACCGAGCAAUCAGAUUGGAACAUAAAACAGUUUUUGAAUGAUAAAUUUGGUGACAGUAAUAUGUUUUGUAUAACGGGACUGCACGCAUGCGCCGACCUAACAAUCGACGCUAUUAAUAUAUUCCUUAAAAUGGAGGAGGCAAAAGCUUUAAUUCUAAUGCCUUGUUGUUACCACAGGAUGAAUGAGAAUAGCGGAAAGUUCCACAAUUUCCCAUUAAGUAAUUGUUUAAAAAAUGUAUUUGCGAAAUAUGAAGACUUGGAUUGCCUGAAUGUACCAUUUUUAAGAUUGGCCGCUCAACCCCCCAACAGAAGCCACAAGAUGGCGAAUUCUGUUUUCAAUUUGUUGGCAAGGGCUGUAUUACAAUUAUAUGCUUAUAAACAUAGCUGCAGACUUAAAAGAAACAAGCGCAAAGCCGUUAACGUCAAAAGUAUGGACAACAAUUUUGAAUCCUACAUUCAAGAUGCAUGUACUCAGGGUUUUACUUUAAUUCCAAAUACACCUUGUGUUGAAAAUGAUGAACAACCGGAUUUUAAUUUUGCAGAACUCUUGGCCAUAUGGCGGCAAAUGUCUGUUAUGAUUUUCAAAAAGGCUGCAAUUCUUAUUCACUUGCAAAAUUUAUUACAACCUAUUUUCGAAAAUUUUGUGUUAUAUGACAGGAUAACAUAUUUAAAAGAAAAUGGUGUGGUAAAUUGUACAAUCAGAAAAAUAUUUGAUGUGAAUAUGUCGCCAAGAUGUUUAGCUCUUAUAGCCUAUAAAUAAAAAAAGGAUUAUUAAAAU